AUGCGCGAGGCGACGACGAUUUCAGACUCCAGCGGUGAUGGCGAGGCGGGAGGAGAGGGAAUGCAGGCAGCAGGCAGGCAGGAGGAAGCCCGUUCUCCACAGGAGCAGACUGAUCCGUCUCAAGCCAGUCCCUCUCGUUCACCUGCUCAGCAGCAGCAGCAGCAGCAGCAGCAGCCAGGUUCCACAUCAGCAGCAGCGGCAACCAGCUCGGAAGAUCCUCCUGAGCCGCAAUCCGGACCUGCAGGUGGCCCAGCGUCCGAACCAACAAUCGGCUCAGCGACUGAACCUGCAGCUGGCUCGGCAUCCAAGCCUCGGGGAGCAAAGAAGCCACACCACCGGAAUGUGAUAGAUCAGAAACUGCAACAGGAAAUAGUCGCUCUGAAGCAGGCUCACCCCGUGCUCACCAGCGCGCACAUCGCGCGCGCGGUUACUAAGCUGUACGGCGUUCCAGUGAAAGAGUCGCAGGUGGAGAUGAUUAUACUGAGGUCCACUGUAGACCGGAGCGUGCAGAGCGACUGGACGAGGUGGCGGCGUACGCGGUAUAAGAACCCGCCGCUGGAGAAGGCGCUGGUAAAAUGGGUGCGCGAGAGGAAGCGCGAGGAGGAACGCGAUCCGAUGAGAGUAAUUAAAGGGGUUAAAAAGCAGCUUACGGUCAAGGAGAUGCGGGAUUAUGCGAUGAAGUUAGGACCGUCGCAUGGCGUGCCUGACGUGUUUAAGUACAGCGAUGAUUGGAUUAAGAAGGUUCUAGAAGAAAACGGGUUGAAUAAGAAAGGAGAGGAGAUUAGUAGGGCAGGAGGUGAAGGUUCGGGGAAUAAUGACGGUGGGGGCAGUGGAGCAGGUUUGGGGGAAGGUGGUGCUAAUGGGUUGGACGGAGGCGGGAGCCCAGGCUCGGAGAAACCAGGCUCGGAGAAGCCAGGCUCGGAGAAGCCUAAGCCGAAGCGUCCUUUGGUUCGGAACGAGAUCCCGUUUGAGCUCCAGCUUCGGUACGAGAUUGCUGUGGUUAAGCGCGCUCGGCCGCACUUAGAGAACAGAGUGAUUGCUGCUGCUAUCAGGGCUAAGUACGGAGUGGAAAUGACCCCGAGGGCGAUAAGGAAGAUCGGGGAGGAGAGUGAUAAGUGGUUUAGGCUGGCUGCAGGAGUGGUCUCAGAUCCUGACCAAUCACGAAUGGAGGAGGCUUUAGCGGAGUGGGUGAUUAAAGAGGAGGAGACGGAGAAGAGGGAGGUGACUAUAGAGGAGAUCAUAGCGAAGGCAAAGGAGAUUGGGCCGGGGUAUAAGGUGCGGCCGAAUUUCAAGUAUGGCAGGUCAUGGGCUACGAGGUUUAUGAAGAGGUUCGGGUUGCUGCUGCUGUCGGAGACUAGUACCAAGGAUGCUGAUAACGAGGAUGAGGGAGGGGCGAGAGGAGCGGGAGGAGAGGGAGGCGAUGAUGGUUAUGAUGACUGGUUUGAGAGAGAAUUCGGGGGGCGAGGGGGAGGAGGAGGAGGUGGAGGGGGAGGGGGAGGAGGAGGAGGUGGAGGAGGAGGCCAGGCAGGGAGGUAUCAGGCCAGCGAGGGAGGAAGGCAAGGAGUUGAUAGGGAGUCUGGGGGAGAGGAGGAAGGGCAGGGGGAUGAGGACAGGGAAGGAGAGGAGUGGGGAGGCGAGGAGGAGGCGGGGGAGGAAGAGGGGGAUGGCGGCGCAGGGGAGGAGAGGGAUGGUGGAUUAGUUAGUUUCGUAAAUCUGCAGAUGCGAACAGCAAAUCGUGCUGCCAGGCAGGUGUUAUGUGAGUCGGCAGGGGCAGGAGGCGCGGGUACAGUGGCGGGACGGGGUAUGGGAAGAGAUGGGGGGGGAGGAGAUGGAGGGGGCAAAGGAGAAGGGGGCGGAGGCGGGGAGGGGGAGGGAAAAGACGGGGAAGGGGAAAGGGAGAGGGAAAGCGAAGGGGAAGGGGAAGGGGAAGCGGGAGGUGGUGUGAGUAGCCCUGAGCCUGAUCAAGGGGAUGCAGGAGAAGGGGCUUCUCCAAGGGUAAAUAGCCCUUGGUCGGCGGAUAUUUUGAAUGAGCUGUUUGAAGAAGCAGGGGUAGAUGGAAUCGGCACAGAUGGUGAUGGUGCAAGGGGAAGAGACGAAGGGGUGAAGGGGAAGAAGGGAGGAGGUGAGGGAACAGAGAGUGGGAGGGCGGAGGAGGGAGCAGGAGGAGAGGAGAGAGCAGGAGGAGAGGGGCCAGAGGUUAAACAAAGGCAUGCGGCACACAUUGCGGAACACAGUGCGCCACACAGUGCAGCCACAGAAGCUGGUGCUGUCAUCACCCUCACAGCGGAGGGGGAAGCACUGGAUGAGGACAACAGUGAAGGAGAAGAAGCAGAACGAGGCCCAGUGGCGCUCGUCGUACUGGAUGGGGAUGAUGCAUCCGAGGAGGGAGGUCUAGGCCACUCUGAUGGUGCACGCGCAGCAGGGUCCGAUACAGACAAGGGUGGUUGUAAUGCUCACAGCACGCCCACUGGCGUCUCUUCCCCCAUACCCAUUGUUCUCGCCCUUGCUGCCGCCAACGAUCCCGAUACCCCCACCACAACCCUUCCCACCUCUUCCCAAGCUGCCCUGGCUUCUCAAGCCUCGAACCCCCCCAAUUCCUCCCAAGCCGCCUGGGCUGCCGAAACCACAGAAAAGGCUCCUAUCCCCCCCUAUUCCGAUGAUUCGAAGCGUUGCACGGUCAGGGAGCUGACGGUGGGUCAGAAGCGCGCCUUCUGCCUCGUGCGCCACGCCCUGCCGUACCUGCGCCGAACCAACAUCCACGAGCUCGCGAAGGCUGCGCUGCCGGCUUGGGGUGCGCGCGUGUCGUUUGAUACUGUAAAGUAUGUGGUGAGGGACAGCUGGUGGUGGCUGAAGAUUCCACGGGGGAAGGAGGAAGAAAUGAAGAAUAAACCAAGGAAAAAGAGGAGUAGGAAAGAGAAGGGCACAGGGCAGUGCGCGAAGCUGGAAGAGGCGUUAUGGAAGUGGAUAGAGGGGAUAGGAGCAGCGGAGUUGGUGACGAAAGGAAGGGUAAAGGAUAGGAUGUUGGUGAUGGAAGUGGGGGUGCGGGGUAGGGGUGGGACAGGCGGGAAGAGCGGAGAUGGGAGAAGGAGGCGGCAUUGCUCGUCUGAGUUCCCUCAAAACCCUCAAUUGUCCGCCCCUGUUUUUCUGACGCUGGAGAUGAUCAGAGGCAUGGCGAAGGAGCUAGGACCGACUUUAGACGCUCCUCCUGGAUUCAAGUACGCGGAGAACUGGGUGCGGAGGGUUAUAGCGCGGUUCCAGGCGAGGGCGAGGGGUGAGGGGGAGGGGCGAGCGGAGGGGGUGGAUGGGGAUAGGGUGGAGGGUGGGGAGGAUGAGGAGGGAGAGGAUGGGGAUUGGUCGGAUGAGGAUUCGUAUGGUGAUGGGGAGAGUGAUGAGGAAAGUGAUGAGGGGGAGGAGGAUGAGAGUAACGAGGGUUCAAGUGAGGAUGAUGAUGUGGUGGAGGUGGGAGGAAGAGGGGAAGGGGGGAAGAAGAGAGGGCGGAGCGGGGAGACAGCAGGGCAGGAGUCGGAGCAUGCAAGGGGUGGGAAACGGGGGAGAAUCGCCACACCUUCGGGAGACAUACAAGUUGCUGCUGCUGCUGCUGCUGCUGCUACUGCCGCCGCUCCUUGUGCCGGGGCUGAUCAGGAUUCGCACCGGUAUGCUCCUGGUGCUGCUGCUGCUGGUGCUGCUGCUGCUGCUGCUGGUGCCGGGGCUGAUUCAAAUUCGGCUGAUCAGGAUCCCCACCGGUAUGCGCUGCACAAGUGGGCGGACGAUCCGGACCUUUCCAGCCUCAUGCGGUGUGUGCUCGGGCCAGACUGGCUCACACAGUGCACCCGAAGAGGCGGCAUUGCGUACGAGAACGACGGCAGCUUGACUGCUGAUGCUGCUGUUGCCGACUGCCGCCCUCCCCGCCGUCGCCGUGCGGUUGCUACAGGCGCUGUUGCUACUGCUGCUGCUGCUGCUGCUGCUGGAGCUGCUGGGUUCAGCAGUUCUCCGGCUGGUGCGGCCGGUGGCCGUACCGUUAUGUACCGUUAUGAACCGCAUGGGGAUUCAUGGACAGCUGUCGCUGCUGGUGCUCGAGUCACAAGGAGCCAGGCUUUCGCAAGAACAGCAAGAGGAGUAGGAGGAGGAGGAGGAGGAGGAGGAGGAGGAGGAGGAGGAGGAGGAGGAGGAGGAGGAGGAGGAGGAGGAGGAGGAGGAGGAGGAGGAGGAGGAGGAGGAGGAGGAGGAGGAGGAGGAGGAGGAGCGGGUGUAGCAGGCACGGCAGGUGUCAAAGGUAUAGCAGGCAAAGCAGGUGUGACUGGCACACCAGGGGGCACAGCAGGGGGCUGGGACACAGCAGGGGGCACUGCAGGGGGCACAGCAGGGGACUGGUACACAGCAGGAUCACCACUCAAUUUCCAGCAGCUCAACCUGCCCGUCCCACACCAGUUGCGUGCAACCCCACAGCACACCGGCCAUUCACCCCACUCCCACACGUAUGGCUUCGCUUCUCAAACACAACCUGCUGCUGCCACGUCACCUGCUGCUGCUGCUGCUGCACCUGGUGUUGGGCCGGCUGCAGGAGGGGCGGCUGCUGCAGCUGCGGCACUGCUUGCAACAGCACUGGGCGCUGGUGGUGGUGCUGGUGUUGGUGGUAUAGCCGGUGCUCUGGGUGGUGGUUUUGGUGGGUUCGGUAACGCUGCUGGUGGUGCUGGUGCAAGCGGUGGUGCAUUGGCCAGUGCAGGCAAUCUGGGGGCCCUGGUGAACGCGAGUGCAGGGGCUAUUCAAGGAUCAGGAGAUGGUAACCAGCAGCAGCAGAUGCUGCUGCUGCUCACUCUCUUGGCCGCACAGGCCGCAGGAGGAGGACGGAGUGUGAGGGAAGUGGGCGGCAGAAAGCGGGCGGCAGAAGUGAUUGAGCUCUCAGAUGAUGACAAAGAGGAGGAGAAGGGAUCAGAUGAUGAUGUGGUGGAGGUGAGGGGGGGUGGAUGGGGGAAAGGUGCGAAGGGUGGUGGUAGAAGCAGCGGCAAGAAGCGACGGCGGGAGAAGGAGAAGGAGAAGGAGAAGAAAAAGGAGAAAAGGAGGUACCGUCGUGGAAAGGGCCGGCGAUCACGGAAGGACAGCUCGAGUGAUGAUGACGACGAGGAUAAUGAGUCUGAUGAUAACAAGGAUGUGGAUGGGGAUGAGGAUGGGGAUUAUCGGGAUGAGGAGGACGAGGAGGGGGAGCAGGAUAACUCCCAGGGGCGGGGUGGGAUCCUGCAUGUACGGAGGAACCUCAGGAGAAGCAGCACAGGUGCAGCAGGAUCAACCGGAGCUGCUGGCAUUUCAAGCAUUCCGAGCCAUCCGAGCAAUCGGAGCAACCCACUGAAUCCGAGCCAGUCACUGGCUCUGGUGGCGCAGGCUGCAUCUGGGGCGGGCUUACCUCUUCCCGCCUCAGUCACGCAGGAACGGGCUGCUGCUGCUCUUGCUGCCGCCAUUGCAGCUGCUGCUUCCGUUGCCCGCGGUGACUCCCCCAAUGUUGCUGCUUACAACGCUACUGCUGCUGCUGGUGCCCGUGGGAGUGGGGGUGCUGGGUGGGGGGGUGCUACUAGGGGAGGGAUCGGUGGUGGGUCUGGUGGCGGGUUGGCUGGUGGUGCUGCUACAAUGGGAGGUGCUGGUUUUGGGCAGUUACUGGGUGCUAUAAAUGCUGGUGUGAUGCGGAAUGCUGUUGGGAUGGUAAAUGCUGGUGGAGUGGGUAGUGCUGGUACUAGUGGACUGUUUAACGCCCACGGACCAGGCAAUGCUGCUUUAGGGCAGCCAUACUUCUCCCCGUAUUAUCCUCCCCAGUUCUAUUCCGGCUUCAGAAAUGCUCCUGCUGCUGCUCCCGCUCCUGCUCCUGGUUUUCCCUCUGCUCCUGCUGCUGCUGCUGCUGCGGCGUCUCCUGCUGCUGCCUUUGCUGCUGCCGCCACUGCUGCUGCUGCUGCUGGGGCUCAGAUCUGUGGGGGUGGUAAUGCGAUUUCGGCUGCUGGUCGGGCUGCUGGUGCUGCCAAUUGGGACCGUUUCGUGCAGCAAGUGCAGCAGCAGGGGCAGUGGCAGCAGCAGCAGCAGCAGCAGCAGCAGCAGCAGCAGCAGCAGCAGCAGCAACAGCAACAACAGCAGCAGCAGGAACAGCAGAAGCAGAAGGGACAGAAGCAGCAACGAAAGCAGAAGCAGAAGCAACAGCAGCAGCAGCAGCAGCAGCAGACAGGUGGUUCUGGGUAUAGAGCUUCCCUUCUGCAGCAGCUAGAGAAGAUGCACAAGCAGCAGCUGCAGCUCAUAGCUGCACCUCCUGAGUCGCCUGAGGCUGAAACCACAGCAGCUACAGCCGCACCACCUGAUUCACCAGAGGCUGAGAUCACAGGUGCUACAGCCGCAUCUGUAGCAGCUACAGCCGCACCACCUGAUUCACCAGAGGCUGAGAUCACAGGUGCUGAAAUUGAUGCCGUGGACGCCACCAUUGGCAAGCUCCUUAAAGGAAAGGAUUCUGACACACCUGUAGCUGCUACAGCUUGUGAAAAUGUGGAUGCGACAACUGAGGCUAAUGCUGUAGCUGCUACAGCCGAUGAGGUAAUGGCUGUAGCCGCUACAGCCGAUGAGGUAGUGGCUAUAGCCACUACAUCUGGUGAGGAUACACAAGAAAAGAUGGAACGACAGGUGCCUAGAGCAACAGUCACGGAUGAUAUGGAAGUGGAUGGAGGUACGGCUACAGGCCGUAAGGCAGGGGAUCUCACAGUAGCUACAGCUGGUGAGACAGGGAAUGGCACAGCAGCACCUACAACCAACGAGGCUGAAGAUGCCACAGCAGAGACAGCUGAUGAUGAGGCAGGAGGAGACGCCACUGUUGCGGCAAAGAACAUGGCUAGUCCAAAGGAGUGA